GCUUACAUUUCCCAUUUGAACUCUUCGUUCUGCUUCUGUGACGUGAGAAUUUCAGACAGACUCAGGUGGGGCUGUUCUGCAGUGGGGAAGCUCAGCGGAGAUGACAGAGAAGAAGACAGAAGCAGGUUUUUGUUUUCUUUUCUUUUUCUUUUGGAGCUGAACUGCCGACGCACAGUUUUGAAUGGGGAGCCAUCUGUGUCUUUUAUCAGUCAGUUAGGAGCCGCAAUGGACCAAAAUCAAUGCAGCUACUCGGGACCCUAUAUAAAGAACCAACCCAGCAGAGGAUCAGAGCUGAGAGUCAUCCUGGUGGGCAAGACAGGAACCGGUAAAAGUGCCACAGGGAACAGCAUCCUGGGGAAGCAGGCCUUUGUGUCCCAGCUGUGCGCCCAGGCCUUCACUAAGACCUGCAGUGAAAGGCGAGGAAGCUGGGGUGAGAGAGAGAUGGUCAUCAUUGACACACCAGAUAUAUUUUCUGAGAAGGGCCACUCUGAUCUGUACACAGAGGUACAGAGGUGCUACCUGCUGUCGGCCCCAGGACCCCAUGUGCUACUCCUGGUGACGCAGCUGGGCCGAUUCACCACCCAGGACCAGCAGGCCGCACAGAGGGUCAAGGAGAUCUUUGGAGAGGAUGCCAUGAGACACACAAUUGUCCUCUUCACCCACAAGGAAGACCUCGAUGGAGGCUCCUUGAGGGAUUACAUCUACUACUCAGAAAAUAAAGCCCUAGGCAAGCUGGUGGCAGCGUGUGGGGGGCGAGCAUGUGGCUUUAAUAACCGAGCAAAAGGGAGUGAUCGGGAUGACCAAGUGAAGGAGCUAAUGAACUUGAUUGAGGGCCUGAUGAUGGAGAAAAGAGGGGACCACUAUACCAAUGAGCUUUACAGCCUAGCGACAGGGUCAGAAUGUGGACCUGAGCAGUCAGAGGAAAGAUUAAAGGAUUUCACAGGGAGUCUUAUAAAGUACAUGGACAUUCAGAGAUGUCGCACAACCAUGGCCAAGGAGAAUUGCCUAAAAAGGGCCCUAAUCAAAAUACUACCGUGUUUUCUCAUUUGCAUUUGGUUGUUUGUCAGAUUGCUAAUUCUGAUAUUUUGUGUAUUGCUCAGAAUAUAAAUUUUUUACUGCUUAUUCUGUAGUAUGUGCAAUUUGUUCUGUAGUUUAUUGUCCAUUAUCCUCAGAAAAUUAAUGAUAAUUCCCAGAAAGACCAUUGGUGUGGAAUGCAAGACUCCCAGAUGACAGUGAUGGAUCAGGAAUUAUUUAUCACUGGGAUACCGUGGUAAUCACAGGGUCUCCUCUGUGAAAUGCAGUGCCUGACACCAGUAAAUAUUUAAGAUUCUGUGAAGCGUUAAAUCUUAACAUCACUCAAUUUAUUAAUGAACCAAAUUAUUUUAAGUUACUGUUUGUUUUGACAUAUAAUACCAAAACCUUUUGAAAGCUGUAAACAUAAAAUUUCUCCUGUUUGAAAAUGUCUAAAGCAGAUUUAUGUUCCUGGAAACUCUUUUUCUCCUUUAAAAUACUAUGAUUGCUAUUGAAUGUAAUAAAAUAACAACAAUAAGUAAGCUGUAAAGCU